AUGGACGCCCCGAAAAGAGUCGAGUUUUCUGACGUGGGAACAUUCGGCUUCGAGCUCGAGUUCCUAGUAUACCUUAGCGAGUCCAACAUCACGCAGCUGAAUCCCAAACCAGGGGAAGCUAGCCAACCUUUCCAACAGACUCUACAAGAGCCAUACGACUUGGCCAAGCGCGGCAACGGCGAUCAUGAACUCCAUAUGAAGAGAUUACAUCAUUUCGGAGUCGAGAUCGCAGAUAAGUUGACUGAGGCUGGAAUACCGACAGCCUACCGGGAGAAAGGCCAUCCUAAAGAUGACGACGCACCUAAACUCGACCAAGAAGAUGCGAGACUGGGGAGCUUCGACGAAUUCCGCUAUAGCUCCUAUAAACAAUGUACUAUCGUGCCGGAGGAAACGAUGAUAUGGACAGACCCAAAGAAUGGGAAACGUAUGGCUGUGAGGCCCGAGACCGAAGACGGACACUUUUGGCUCGGUUUUGAGUUUGUCAGCAAGGUAUUUCGAUACCGUGAUUUCGAGCCUAUGAAAUUGGAACUCGAGACCGUCUGCAAAACGCUGCGAGCGAAGUACUCCGUCAGUAUCAAUGCAGGGAAGGACUCAGUACAUGGCUCCAGUCGUUGCAGUGUUCAUGUCCAUUGGGGAAUCAGUGGAAAGGAAUAUAAUCUGCUAACCGUCAAGCGGGUUCUUACCCUCAUGUGGGUAACAGAGGAUAGUUUGAUGGACCUACAUGCUACCUGGAGGGGGGAUGCGAGGAAAUAUGCUGCGCUGCUGCAACACGGGACAAACAUGGCAGUUGAUAACACUUCCAAACUCCCAGACUGGAUCGACAACCUCGACAAUGGAGAUUGGAGACAUGAAAUGGAACAAAACGUCCCAACUGAAGUUCGAAAUUCUCUUCACAUGAACAAGGCAAAGAUCCAAUGGAUAUGGCGCGCAGAGACAGUGGACGACCUCGUAAUGCUGGUGGGUGAGGUAAAAAAAUCGCGCAGGGCCUCCGUCGCCAUCACUGAACUUUUACCGGCGGCCUCUGAUUUCGCAGGAAAGGUUCGGCGUAGCCAGUUGAAUACGAUCGAAUUUCGGCAUAUGCAAGGUUCACUGAACCCGGCCCUGACCACCGCCUGGAUUGAUGUCACUGCUUCUAUUAUGCGUCGAUGCAUUGACUUGUCGGCGCAAGAAUUCAGAAGUUUCAUUGAGGAUGUCUCGACUUGCGUCUCUGAUAAGAACCUGACAGUCUACUACCUGUUAAACAAGCUAGGUGUUGGGCGCGAAACGUGCAACGUGUUUAGGAGCUUCGACCAAGAGUACCUAGAUAAGGAAGCUGAUUCGAGGAUUUCAGUCUUUUUGCCUGAGCUAUAG